GCGAUGUUGAUGUCGUCGUCCCACAUCUCGCUUGCCACUACUGUCACAGCACCCUCAGCGAGUGCUGCGACCAUUGCCCCUCAUUACCUUAACUGCUCCUUUCGAAUCCACUUUCAGAGGCGGAACCAGUGACGGCUUCCUGUAACCCGACUUUCUCUUCACUUUUCAAUCAUGACUUCCAUGGCGGAUGUUCCGGUGUACAUGUUACCUGGAGUACCGGUGGUGCAACCACCUCAUCUCGAGGGUCUUUCAGAUCCGUCUCUUUCAACUGAAAUUUUACCAGGUCCACCUUCCCUGCUGUCUGUUCAGCAGGCUGCGCACAAGCGCGACCCAAAGAAACCAGGAGCUUUUGUGUCAUAUCUCCCAGCAUCUGAUCCAGGCACCACCUACUCUGGAUUAAUGGCUUCCACUGCCCUCAGUACCACAGAUGCUGAAGGGCAACGGCGCAAACGUGCUAGGGUCGACAAAGGAACCGCAAAUGGGAGGGCUCAACGUGCAUCUGCUCGCAACUUGAAUAGCAGUGCUAUUCCUCCCUCGGAUCUCAUUGUCGCUGAAGCAUCUUCUCGCCAGCCCAGUAUACCCGCACUCCAAGACUCCGACCCUUUUCUGAUAAACCAUGACUUUGACGAGCUUUCAAUUUCUCGAGCCACCUCCGCUCCCGCUCUCGAUGAACCCUUGCCGCCCCAGCUGCCUCCUCCAGUCGUAUCAAAUGGAAGAGGAAGACCGAGAAAAGACAAAGGAAAAGGAAAAGAGACUGAGAAACACUCUGUAAAGAUAAAGGAGGAGCCAAUGACCACGUACUCGCUCUCUCCUGACCCUUCACUUCCACUGUUGAACGAGGAUCACUGCUCAUCCUGUCGGUCAUUGGGAGCUCUGGUAUAUUGUGAUGGAUGUCCACGAGCCUUUCAUCUCUGGUGCCUGGACCCACCAAUGGAAACCAUGGACUUGCCGGAACUCGGCGAAAGGUGGUUUUGUCCUGGUUGCACGAUUCGGAAGCGUCCACCGAUUAAACCCCCUCCUUCCUUCAUGUCGCCCCUCAUUCAUCAAGCACAGACAAACAUUCCGAAGGAAUUCCAGCUUCCAGAAGAUGUUAGAGGUUUCUUCAAGGACGUUGCUACUGGUUCCAAUGGGUGUUACAUUGAUAGCUCAGAGAUCAAACCACCUCGCCUGAACCGCCAUGGUCAGCUCGAGGAACGUGAACCUUACCGUCUCAAGGACAAGAACGGUGUCCCUGUACUUUGCUUUCGUUGCGGAACAUCUACCCUUCCCAGUGUUGUUGAUGUAUCUGCUCCACCAUCAAAGCGUUCCAGGAGGUCAACCUCGUCCUCCCAUAGUGCCACUCCCGAAGUUUGGAGAAGCAUGGUGUCCUGCGAUUACUGCAGUCUUCAUUGGCAUUUAGAUUGUCUCGACCCGCCUCUCGUGGCUAUGCCUCCGUUCAAUAAGAAGUGGAUGUGUCCCAACCACGCAGAUCACGUUUUGCAACCCAAGCGUCGCGUUCCCAAACAAAAUCCACCCAUGAUAGACAUCACAAAACCGCGCCAGUUCAAUAAUGGCAACAUCGACAUCGUCCACCCACAGGGCACUUCGAUGGCAGAGAAGUUAGUCCUUGAUGAAAUCCUUAUCAAUGGCCGAAGAUAUAGGGUUCCGGAGAAAGUGAUCAUGCUCGAUUUCUGGAAUAAGAUCAGCAAGGAUCAGCAUCUUGAUCAAAGGCCACCGGUGUCCGCGAUGUCUUCGCCUCUCACGUCCCUGAGCUCUUUGGACGAUUUUGAUGAAAGCAUUGGCACAUUACCAGAAGGUCCUCUUAUCUCACGAGAUGAAUUGCAUGCUGCUCAGGCAUUGUGCAAUUUCCAGCGAAUGCUGACCAUACAAACAGAGCAGAGACAUGCUCCUAUCGGUAGUUCAAGGAAUCUCGUUGAUUCCAGUACGCAAACGGAAGCAGAGUUACCACCUGCGAUACCUUUACCCCCGCAGGUGGAGGCAUUGAGAGCGUCUACUAACAAGCGCAAAGCACCUAUGAAGUCCGCUCUCCUUGCGGCUGAGAAUGGUUCCGCCGCCAAGUUGUCAGUACAAACUCCUCUUGACCAGUCGGCUCCGGUGCGGCCCAAGAGGGCGCGAACUACGGUGAAACAGGAGGCGGAGGAAAUCAAUUUACGUCUGCCUGAUAACUCCGAGAAGCAAGUAGAGGCUCAAGGGAAGUCCACGAGGAUUACUCGCCAACGCCGGAAGGCCAGACCAUCGGAAACAGCAAAGGAUGAGGGUGCAUUCGUGGCAAGUGCCCAGGCCCCUACGCCGGCAUCUAAUUCCAUGAUCCGAUCUGUGGGUCCUGAUACUUCUGACUUGAGUAGUGCUUCGAUAUUGCCCACCUCCAAUCCUCACAAAGUCAAUACACCUAUUACUCCCAAGGCCUCAGUCACAAUCACACAGUCUACCCAGUCUGCUACUCCAACGUUGAAGAUACGAUUACCGCGACUGAGUGCUGUCAGCGCUGCAGUACAUUCGAAUGCUGCACCACCCGUGACGGCACCUGCACACACUGCAGCAAGUUCCAAAGAACAACCUCGCCCGAAGCGCCGGUUACGACGACAGACUUCUGACACUGCUACUGUCUCAUUAAGCGGCACGUCUUCAUCUGCAACUGACGGUGGUGACGAUUUUGAGCCAAACAAACCCACCGAUGGGCCUGCAAUGGAUCUGCAAUCCUUCGGUAUUCAAAUUACGUAUAUUCAUUCUCUUUGCAAGAGGUACGUUGUUCCCAAGGGGCCUACCAUACUUGCAGGUCGCGAGUCCGUUGAUCUUCCGGGUUACGACCUAUGGCUGCACUUUGUGGACAACGUCCAUGCAUUCGAGGGGUCCAUUGACAUCGAGCGUUUUCACGACGCCCUGGCAAGCACUUUGCAGAUGUACCCUCAUGCUGCGGGGAAACUGUGCACGACCGGCGGUCGUUGGUUUAUCCAGCUGACAAAUUCCGGACUGGCUGUAGAAGCCGAGGAUCGCAAGGAAGAGUUGUCCACUUCUUUUAUUCAAGGAGACUGGGUCAUUCAAGACGACCUUUCUCCCUUGCUCAGUCAACUACCGGCAGAUGCUAUCAUUGUCAAUGGUAGUGCUUCUUUGGUUCGUUUCAAGAUAACAACGUUCAAGGAUAGGACAUGUCUUGCGGUAUCCUGGCACCACACUCUCGGAGAUGCGGUAGCGCUUUGUCGGUUCAUGCAGACAUUAUCCCUGUUCUAUCAAAGGGUCGAGCCAGAUUUCUCUCCUCCAACUUUCGACAAACACCAGUACCGAACCCCGGAGCCAUCUACGUCCUCGGACGUUCUUCCACUGAUGCCUCAUCUGUGGGCCUCUUACCCUUUCGAUGAGCUCGAGGCCAAAUAUGCUGAUGCCUGCGAGGAUCUGAGAAACCUAAGAUGGAGAUUUCAUGAACAUCAUCUUCAUGCACUCCACUCCAUGCUCAGUGUCAAUGGGGAGGGCUAUCUUUCGUGGCACGAUUGCCUCACAGCAUAUAUCGUCACUCUGUUGAAUCGUUCUAUGCCUAGGCCCAUUCGCAUGGUCACGAAUGUCGCUAAUUUUCGGCGUGUUGAAGCUCACUAUAUCGCAAGCAAUGUUGCAGGGAAUGUUAUCCAGAAUAUCCCGACCGGAACCCUGCCAUCUCAUAUGCGAGGUAUCGCCAUUGCCGUGCGGGAAUCGAUCGAUCGUUGCCGUGACCGGAUGUUCCUCGAGGAUUGGAUGGCUGUGGCAAGCGAUAUCAUGCUAACGACUGCCAAUGCUGGGAAAUCUUUCUUCUUUGCUUCGCGCCCUGGCGUGAUGACAAUCAACUCUAAUGUUGCGAUUGAUUGGUGUGACGCUCACUUCGGAUUUCCUGAUUCUUCCAGUUUUUUCACAACUGGGAGUUUGAAGUUCUAUUUUCGGCCCUUCAAAUCGAACCCUACGCUAUGCGAUGGCACUUGGCGACCUCGAAAAGGCUCGGUAGACGUUUCUAUGGGUGUUCCGAGAGUACUGAAGGCUAAGCUUUUGGACCGCCUAGCAUUGGAUUUUGAGACCAUCCUUUAUCGGUCACCAUGGGACACCGAGCUGUGAAUGGAUGCUAAUGCCCAGCCAGGAGUGAAUAUUAUGUAUGCGCCAACAUAUCGUUGCGCGCUGUAUAUGACCCUUGUUCAUUACAAAGGAAGCACUUGUACACGAUAUUGGCACUAUCUUGUUCUUCGCUCGUUGACGAAUUGAAAAAAAAAUCACGCCAUGAG